CAGUCACGUGGUCCGGACUGGCCUACAGAAACGGGCAGAGCUCGGCUAGAGCAGCUAGCGAUAGCAGCGCGGCGCUGUCGAUGAACACACGCCUCACGCGCGUUCACGGCUAGUUCUGACCCGUGCACGCUGAGGUACGCUCGCGCACAGCCGUGCGGGGGUUCACUGUCGUGCACGGUGCGUUCCCGUGCGGGUUCGGAUUCACGUGAAUGUGCGCGUUCGCGGAACGGCUAGCUGCAGAAGCUAACUGUUUGUUUGUCUGAGCUGAAUUAGUUAUUAUGCCUCGCCCUGGGAUUGGCUGCCAGACCGGAAGAGGCGGGGCCAACGCACAAUAUUUUGAAGUUUGAGAAGGACAGACAAACGCCGCGCACGUGCGCAGUUGGCGCGCGGAAACGAUCACUGAUUGGAUGGUCAGUCGUCAGGCGGGUCGGCAUGUCUCUGGACCAAGAACCCGUUCCUCGUCCUGAGGUUCCCGUAACCCUAAGCCCCGCCUUCCCUGCCCCAAUCAGCCUAUCAGAGCAGCCCCAGCUGACAAAGAACCGCCCCCCCGUCUGCUCAAAAAAUGGCCUCCAGGCGUCUGCCACAAUCCCCCCUCCCCCCACAGCCACUCAGCGGAUCGGGAAAAGGCGCUUCUCCAUGGGAAUCAGUUUCAGGGGCGUGGCCAAGCGGCGGCGGCGUGCCAACAGCGACAGCCAGGCGGAGCCUGUGCUGCCGAGUCACUUCCUGCUGGGCGGGAACAUAUUCGACCCACUGAACCUGAACUCUCUGUUGAACGAAGACGUGAACAGGGCGACCAAUCAGGAGACUCCCAAGUGCUCGCCGGUGCCGUCCCGGAGCAGAGACCCGGUGGAGAUCCUGGUUCCCAGAGACAUCACCGACCCGCUCAACCUGAAGGGGGGCAGUGAGGAGGGGGGGGCCGCCGGGGUGCUGCUGUCUCCCCUCAAGUCCAGACGCAAGCACAGGUACAAACACCACGGAGGGGGCGGGGCUUCCACCGACCGGGACAAGAGCGCCAUGCGACUGUUCCCCCCCACCGCGGGGACUUCAGGUGUGACCGCCAGAGGAGGCAGCGUGUGCGCCUCCCCCCUGUCCUGUGAGCUCAACACCGCCAUCACCUGUCGAGAAGACCUGGCGCCGUCGCCCAGACCCUCACGGAGACACACCCACCCCCCUCCAGGCCCCGCCCACAAACCAGGGGCCCAUGCUGACUGUCGCCACCGCAGACGGCGCCGCACCACGUCCGUGCAUUCAGACGCAAACCACAUCACCGUGGCGACCACGACCUGCAGGUUCCAGACCCCGCUGGUGGAAGGCGCCAAAGCCGGCAGGUGUGGAGGAGCCCAGCGUGGCUCCGCCCAGCCGUCAGAGAGGAGAAAGGACAAGCACAGGUACCAGCACGGCAACCACAGCCGUUACUAUGGUUACCACGGUUUCUACGGCGGCGGCUAUGGACGAGUGGGCGUGGAGGAGGACCCCCGACUCCGCCUGCUGGAUGCUGAUUGGUUCAGGGACAAGACUGUGCUGGAUGUGGGCUGCGGCGCCGGUCACAUGACACUGGCCAUCGCUCGCAAGUUCAACCCCUCCCACAUCCUGGGGGUGGAGCUAGACAAGCAUCUGGUCCACGCCGCCAAGCAAAACAUCAGACACUUCCUCUCACAUGACAUGGUGGUGGAGCGGCGCUCGGGGGAGGGGGACGGCGGGGGCCUGCUCCCCUUCCCGCUCUCCUUCAGGGUCAGUCGGGGGCCCAUCUGUGGCCCCUCCCUCCUGCCUUCAGCCUCCUCCUCCAGGUUCCCCCACAACGUCACCUUCAUUCAGGGGGACUACAUAGCAGGCCGGGAGGAGUGGCCUGGGAGGGGCCAGUUUGAUGUCAUCCUGUGCCUGGGUCUGACUAAGUGGGUACACCUGCAGUCAGGUGAUGAGGGCGUGGUCAGGCUGUUCAGACGGACCUAUCAGAGCCUGUCGCCCGGCGGAAUGUUCAUCCUGGAGCCGCAGCCGUGGAGCAGCUACAGCCGCAGCAAGAGAGCCACGGACUCCACGUUCCGGCGUUUCCGGAGUCUGAGGAUCAGACCGGAACACUUCACCUCCAUCCUGACGGACAGCGUCGGCUUCUGCUCCUACAGGCUGCUCACACACACAGAUAACAAACGACCCGUCUACCUGUUUCACAAAGGCCCCUCCCAGCGGAAGUGAACUCUGAGGCCACGCCCACAUGUUCAAUCAUCAGGUGUUUGAUGACAUCACAAGGAUGACGUGAAGAUGGACUCCUCAGGAUGUGACUGGACUGCAGAGAGCGGGCUCAGUACAGCUCUGCUCUGAUUGGUUCACUGGCUGAUCAGCUGAUAGGUCAUGUGACCUCUCUCUUUACCGUUGAGUCAGAAUAAAAAAUGGACGUUC